CCGUGUCGACAAACAACUUAAAAGCUUGUUUGCCCCCCCCAAAUCCCUCUACUUUGCCUUUAAUCGUAUGAUCAGCGAGACCUCAGCCCCGUCCCCGUCUCCAUCUCCUCGCGCUUCCCUCUGAAGUGAUGAGAGCAGGAGAUUAGAGCGCGCUCUUCUACCCCCUUCCUCUCGCUCUUUUACCUUGAUCGGAAGAGAAGGAUGGAAGGGAGAGAGAAGAAGGAACCUUGAUCGCGCUCUUCUGGGAUGGAUUUUGGUGCAGAUUUUGCUGUGGAGGGAGGAUAAAGAUGGAGAUUUUAUGUCAGGAAAUGGUGAGAAUUAUGGAGGAGGAGACGGAUGGUUGACAGAAGAGAGUGAGCACACGGCGGAGGGUAAUGGUAUGAUACGGUGCUGUUUCCGGUGCGUGCUCACUGCUCUUCCUGUCAGCCCUUUUCUUUGCCAUCGUCGUCGUCGUCGUCGUCUCCCGUGGAUUUGGGUUUUCUUGGCGAGGAAUAGGACGAGCUGUAACAAAGAUGAGAUCUUCUAUCUCCAGUAACCCCACUCUUUUUGAGGUUGUUUGUCGUGUUUGCUGCAGCUUUUAACCCUCUUCUCCGAAAGGAGAGAGCGAAAGGGGAUGAUUUCCGAGGUCGAUCAUGAUGUAAUCUCCUCCUGCUCGUCUCUCUUUCAUCGGAAGCCUUGUUGCCUCGCGCCUUUUGAGGCGGAGAGGUGGGCGACUGUCCGUCUCUCUCCUCGGAUGGGACGGAGGUGGCGAGGAGAGGGUACAUGCCUCGCCUCUGCGCACCGUGCGGACAUAACGGAAACGACUACUCGACUGGUCCUCUCUCUCUCUCUCUGCUGCUACUGUUUUCUUCUUCGUUUUGGCGUAGGGCUUGUUAUCGGCGUCUCGAUGGAUGCUGGCGAUCCAUGAACCCGCAUCGGUUCUCCUUCCUGCUUCUAACCCCAUCCCUGGAAUCAAGAUCGAAUUUUGACGACAGAUUUUGAAUCGAACUACGGAGCAAAAAGGAGCGAUCUUUUUUCCCCUACCGGAUCUGGUUUGGUCUCAGAUUUCUAAAUCUGUGCCGUCAUCAUAUUUACGGUGAAGGAACGAGAGUGGAUCACCAGAACGAGGCAUUUCGUCGAAAACCUUCUUCAUACUGCGCAGGUAUACCAUUUCAUACUUGAUCUGCAGUCAUUUUUCUUUCAGUAUGAUGCAUGAACUUUUUGGAUAAUUCAUGAAGAAUCAUUAGAAUUUAAGCCUCCUCUUGUAUGAGUGUGACACUUCGAGAUCGUAGAUAUGUCGGUAGAGAGAGAGAGAGAGAGAGAGAGAGAGAGAGAAAGAAUGAUAUGAUACGGAUCUGGGAAUCAAUUAACAUUUCCUACGGAAAUAGCAUGCUAAAAUGUACUAAAAGAAACCAAAACAAAAAAGCAAAAACAUAAAAAGGAGUAUGGAUGAAGUGAAGGCAGUUCUCCUCCCUCGUCCACACAUUUGAAAUCCCAAUGUCGACUGCCUCCACCACACCACCACCACACAAAGCAGAGCCACUUCGACCGCAACAGUCACUGCAGCACAUCGACUCCAUGGCCUCCCUCCAUCCCCUUCCCAACUCCCUCGCUCCCGUCACCCCAUCGUUCCCUCCUCCCACUCUCCGCCACUCCUCGGUUUCCACCUUCGUUUCAUCUCCACCAGCUCCGCAUCCGCGGAGGCUUGCCUUCUCCGCCUGCGCCAAGAGGAAGAAGAACCCGUGGCUCGACCCCUUCGACGACGGGGAGGACCCCGACAUGGAGUACGGCUCCCUCUUCGCCGACGGCAAACAGGAGGAGGAUCCGAGGCCGCCAGAGGACCCCGACAACCCUUACGGCUUCCUCAAGUUCCCCAUGGGCUUCAACGUGGAGCUCGACUCGCUCGCCGCCAAGGUGCGGGGCGACGUGCGGCGCUGCUGCUGCGUCGUGUCUGGCGGCGUCUACGAGAACCUGCUCUUCUUCCCGGUCGUCCAGCUCAUCAAGGACCGCUACCCGGGGGUUCUGGUGGACGUGGUCGCCUCGCCGAGGGGUAAGCAGACCUACGAGCUGAACAAGAACGUGCGGUGGGCAAACGCCUACGACCCCGACGAAGACUUCCCUGAGUCCGCCGAGUACAUCGACAUGAUCGGUGUCCUAAAGAAUCGAUACUAUGACAUGAUCUUAUCGACCAAGCUUUCUGGGCUCGGCCAUGCGGCCUUCCUGUUCAUGACAUCUGCUAGAGACAAAGUCAGCUACGUGUAUCCAAAUGUCAACGCAGCAGGCGCAGGACUGCUGCUCACGGAGACGUUCACUCCUCCGUCUUCCAAUCUCUCCCAAGCUGGAUUCGACAUGUAUCAUCAAAUGGUGGAAUGGUUGGGUAGACCAGCUCGGAAUGUCCCAAGGCAACCGGUGCCUCCUCUCAAAGUGUCCAUCUCAAAGAAGCUGAAGGCAUAUGUGGAAGCAAAAUACAGUAAAGCAGGAGCGGAGAAGCGGAAAUUUGUGGUCAUUCAUGGGAUCGAAACAGAUUCGGUCGCUUCUAUGAGAUCCAAAGGAGACACUGAUUGCUUGUUGCCUAUCCGAGUGUGGGCCGAAAUAGCAAAAGGGUUAAGGGGUGUGAAGCCUCUCUUCGUCAUCCCGCAUGAGAAAGUGAGGGAGGAUGUUGAGGAAGUCAUCGGCGAAGAUUCAUGCAUUCUCUUCAUCACCACGCCUGGCCAGCUAGCAGCUCUUAUUGAUGAUUCAGCCGGAGUGAUAGCCACAAACACAGCGGCGAUUCAACUUGCGACUGCUCGUAACAAGCCAAGCAUCGCAUUGUUUUCCUCCGAAGAGAAAGGAAAUCUCUUCGUUCCAAACGCACAAGAAAAGAGAUGCUCGAUCGUUUCAUCACCAACAGGAAAGCUAAAAGACAUUGAUGUUGAAGCCGUGAAGAAUGCGGUGGAAAUUUUCCAAGGAUCUCCAGUUCUUGCAUAGAAAGAAGAGAUUACUUCUUCAUCACCCCUCUUACAGUAACUGUAGAUAAAUAUGCAUAUAUAUACACAUCAAAUGCAGCAGUCUUCAGUGUAUUCCUUCUUAUCAAUGUCUAAUCUUCUUUUGCAAAUGAAUGUGAUCAGCAUUCCUUUCCAAGCAAA